AUCUCCUGUUUGGUUUCGCAGAAUCUUUGCAUUUAUUGGCUAAACUCAAUGAACAAUGAGUUCACAAGUGUUGAAUGGAGAAGUUGAAGGCGCCAAGCAAGCGCUGAUUCUUGCCCUCGGCGAUAAAUGGACCGACUAUCUGGCCAAUAUGAAGCUUUGGUUUCGUACAAAAAAAACUAAAGAAGAAUUCGAUAUUGAAAGCCGCAAGCUUCUCAACCCGAACCAAACUCAUUUACACAACCGUUUCUUAUUGACCAUUCUGAAUAAAAUCGAUGCCGCUUCACCUCCGCAAACUUCUUCGGGCAGCAAUUACGAUGGCUUACAAAUGGUGGAUGCUGCCGGAACAUUCGGAAAUAUGAACGACGGAUCUGGCUACGGGUGUCACUCGUCACUCAUCACACAACACGAUGCCCGCAGUGGGAAGAAGCGUAAACGAUCCUCCAAGUCGUCAAGCGACAGAUCAACGUUUCAGCCAAUCUCGCUUCACGAAUAUAUUACUCGUAUACCAAUCGGUAUACCCGAAAAUGAUCCUUCCUGUGGUCAACAAAGUGGUCUUGGUACGGUUCCGACGAUACGCUACGCCGCGCAGGAGCUAUUUUUACCGGACAGCGGACUGGUUCUAGGACGACUGUUGGUCGGAGCAUGGGAGCAUGGGCUGGCCAGCGCGGAUGACUCUGCUGUGGAAUUAAUUGUGAAUUCGGUGCAAGUACUUCUCAAAAACAUUCUCUCUGCGGUGAUAAUGGCCCGGAAGCAUUACAAACACACCGCGAAUGGCACAUUUUUCUAUGAUGUUGGUUGCGAAUUAAAGCAUCCCUUCGACCGAAAUACGGUCACGAAAAGGAAGAUCGACGACGAGCCAAUGGAGUUGGACAAGGAGAUUACCACUGUUUGCUACUUAAAGCCCCCACCGGGUGAAUCGAUAUUUUUGGCCAGCUGUGAGCAACUGUACCCCACCGUGUGUCGAAAAAUCACCGCCUACGAACUAUACAAAGUUCUGCAGGACCGAAAUAUCAUACCUUCACACUCCGUGUAUUCGAUGAAUAUCGAAAGGAUUUCGAGCCAGUUAUCGUAAAUCUUGCAAUACCGUCAUC